CAGAAAGGAGAGUAGUUCCAAAAACAGCAAGAAUAAUGGGUCCGAUAAAUAGUACGGUCAAUCUGCAGUGAGUCCCUAUUUCGUGUAAUACAGACUUACUUAGCGCACGUUAGUACUCUCUCUUGCAUUUCUUGAUUAAUUUGCGCCUCUGCUCUGCUACGUCUACACUCCCUACCACUACCACCUAUUUCUUUCUCAUUUUUCUUUUCUUUUAAUCAUUCACUUUCAUACAUUUUCUCUCUUCCCAAACACACUCUGUUUAAGUGCAGGUUCGUUCGUUCGUUCGCUCGGCGCCAUGUCGUUUGGUGUUUCUUUGAGGUUCAGAAAAGAUUAUUGAAGUAUUGCCACGAACUAGCGAUAUGUUUAAGUGGGGUACGAAAAAGUGCAAUGGCCGGACAAACAAAGAUAUUCAUUUCUACAACUCAUUCACUUAUUAUGGUGUAGAGUACUGUUUAUAUGAUUGUGUUUACCUCCACAAUGAGUCUGAUGUCGAUACCUAUAUCGGUAAGCUUGUUCAAAUGUAUGAAACUCCAUCUAAGGAAAAUAAGGUAAAGGUGGUAUGGUUCUUUCGUCCUAGUGAAAUCCGCAAUUUCUUAGGGAAUUAUGAGCCGAAGUGGAAUGAGCUAUUUCUGGCAUCUGGUGAGGGUAAAGGACUUUCCAAUGUUAACCCUUUGGAAGCAAUUGUAGACAAAUGUAAUGUCGUGUGUGCAUCAAAUGAUGAGAGAAAUCCAAAACCGACUGAAGAAGAGUUGCAAUUGGCCGAGUUCGUUUUUUAUCGUAGUUUUCAUGUAGGAAGGCGUAGGAUACUUAAGAACUUUGCAGAUUAUGUAGAUGGAUUUAAAGUGGAACAUUUUUUCAACAAGAGGAAACAUCAAAUUGCUGGUGAUCCACCAGUUCCUAACAAAAAUGUUAAACUGGAUGUUGACAAGUCUGGCAGCAGUAGACCAGUGGUGAAAGAACCAAAGGUAACAGCUGGUCAAGAACAAGCUCUCAACGAGACUGCAAUACUGAGGCGUAGAACUCCUAUUGACAGUGAUGGGGCUGGGCGUAACAAAGUUGCACGCAUCCAAGUUGACGACAAUGUUAAAAAUAAAAGAUAUUUUGGUGACUCCUCUAUUCUGACUGCAAAUGCAUCCCAGCCUUUCAAGAAGAGAAAAUUAAUUCAGAAUGAGGAGGAAGGGAAAGUUUCUGAUAUAGCAUGUUCUCAAAUUGCAGUAGAUAGGGGCUUGAAAGCUGUUCCUAAUAUUUCUACCAAGCCUCGUGAUGGGAGAAGACGCUGGUUCGAGCAACAACCUUGGGAAGAUAAACUACAAAAAGCUGAAGAGAAAGGCACCCUGGUCUUGCUUGGAAAUUUGGAUCCAAUUCUUGCAUCAUCAGAAGUAGAGGAUUUGGUCUGGGAUGCAUUUAAGCUGCAGGUUGAAGCAAAGAUGGUAGGACAAAGUACUUUCUCAAGCCCAGACUAUGGUAAAGCUUUUGUUGUGUUUGAAUCAAAAGAUGCAGCUGAGUGUGCACUAUCUAAGUUGCAGUCGGGAUGCCUGACGAUGACAGAUGGGAGACUUAUUGUUGGUAGCCGAGGUUCUGUAAAAGUUCCUGAGAAACGUUCUGGUUUUGCUGGUCAUCUUUCUCUUCCUGAAUGUAGGAAAGGCCAAUCUGAAGAAAGGAAAAAAGCAGUAUCAACAUCACACCAUGCCCAGUGCAAUACCAUUGAAUAUGAUAUGGCAGUUGAGUGGUGCCUGCUGCAGGAGAAGUCUGCUAAGUGGUGGAAUGCAUUACAAACGCGGCAGGCAAAGGAAAUAGAAGAUGCUAAGAGUCGGUCAAAGGGGAAAUAUAACUUGUAAAGCUGCACACGAGGAAAUGCCUUGUUGAUUUGGGAAAUAUGAUCUUUUGUUUUGGUCAAGUGUGGAGACUGGAGGGGGCGGAUUUGGGAGUUUGCUGUCGCUAACUUUUGUUUUUGUAGAGUGGAGUAAUACCAUUUUGGAAGGGAAGAAAUUGUAAAUCAUAGAAAGGUUUAGAUAGGAGUCACUUUAGUGUAAAUUGAUUCAUUCAUUCAUAUCAUCUCCUAUGAGCCACCUCUGCAGUUCACACACAUUUUUGUAUCAAAAUACAGUUACAAUUCUUAUCCAAAUUAAUCAGUGGUAACUUUGAG